AUAUUUUGAAAAACGGAUGUUGUUUCACGUGGUUCUUUCCGCUAACUUUGCAAAACCGGAUGUUGUCACUUAAAUCCUUCCGCUAACGUUAUCCAAACCCUCGCGCGCUCCUGAUUGAAUGCGUUUACCGUCAACAUCAGUCUAUAGAGGCAGACAUGUGAGAUCGGCUGAGUUGACCCAGAGAUUCAACUCGGGGGACGGGGACGCCGCUCGGUGGUGAGGAUCCCCUCGUGGACCUCUCACUCUACGGCCCUCGCCGGGCGCAUCGUCUCCGUUGCGUUUGUCAGUCGCCUCCUCAUCAUGUCCGCCGACGGCAGAACUGUGAACGAUGUGAUAAGCUUCCUUCAGACCUGCCAAGGAGCCGAAUCACAGGAAAGGAUAAAGUUCUACGACGGCUGGGCAGAGACCUACGAACAGGACCACAGCAUCCUGCACUACAGGGCACCAAACCAGGCAGUAGACUUCUUGAUGGAGAACUUCUCUGGGCGUCCUGAGGAAGUCCAGGUUCUUGACGUGGCCUGUGGAUCUGGAUUGGUCGCUAAGCUGAUGAUUGAACUGGGCUUCAAGCACUUUGUGGGCGUGGACGGCAGUCAAGGCAUGCUGGACCAGGCCGCUAAGACCGGCUUCUAUAAGGAGCUCAGACUGGCCUUACUGGGAACGGACCCGCUUCCUGCACAGACUGGUGUGUUCGACUUGGUGAUGAUCGUCGGCGCUUUACGACAGGGUUUCGUGCCGGUCUCUGUCAUCAGGGAGCUGUGCCUCGCCGCCAAGCCAGGCGGAUACGUUUGCAUGUCGAGAAACUGCCUGGAGUCGGAGGCUGCAAACGAGUACAAGGUUUCUCUGGAGGCGGAGCUGCAGCUGAUGGAGGAGGAGGGACUCUGGAGUCACGUGAAUACCAAAGUGACGGAGAAAUACAUGAUCGACGUGUACAAUUGCUGUGACGAUGUGCAGAAUGACAAGUACACUCAUGGGGCCAAGUACCUCUACAGGAAGUCCCUUCAGUAGUCCUUCUGGGCCCGGUCCUGGGCCUUGAGCUCAGUGGUUUCCUUCAAUAAAUGAUGAAUGGAUGGUAGUUAUGCCAAUAAAAUGACGCAAUACAAUAAAUGAAUUAACUUAAA